AUGGGUGCUCCGGUGCAGAUUUUCCGGGAAGAGCUGGGCUCCACCUGCUCCCCAGGGCCCUGUCGUCCCCCCAGCACCAGCAGCAGCUGGCUCCUGGGCUGGGCAGACUAUGACAGCAAUGCUACUGGGGCCUUCGGGGAUGCCCAGCACAACCACACCAGCAUCUCCCCUGCCAUCCCCAUCAUCAUCACUGCUGUCUACUCCGUGGUCUUCGUUGUCGGUUUGGUGGGAAACUCUCUGGUCAUGUUUGUCAUCAUAAG